UUCCUUCACUAUAAAUUGGCUCGUUUCAUUAACGAUUUCAAUCGCACUUAUCAAAUCUAUAUUUCUUCACUACAAAUUUGAUUCAAUUCAUAACCCUUUUCAACCAAAAUCAUCAAUUAUAUAUCCCUUUCUAACUUUCAUACAUAUUAUACUUCAUUGCUCUUUGAGUAGUCCUUAAAUCUCAAUGACUAUGACUUUAAAACUAGCCUUUGCCAUUGCAAUAUUGCUAACCAUUCCAUUCAACCAAAUUGUUUUCGGUGACAUCGGGACCGCUACUUCCUACGAACCUCCGUACACACCUACAAGGUGCAAUGGCAAUAGAGCCGACCAAUUCCCAUCAGGAAACUUGUUUGUGCAAGUGAGUGAAGGGUUGUGGGACAACGGCGCCGCCUGCGGCCGCCGAUACAGGCUUAGGUGCCUUAGCGGCAACAACCGGCCUUGCAAGGGGGGCACGGUAGACGUGAGGGUGGUCGAUUUUUGCACCCGCAGGCCAUGCCCUUCGACUAUAGUGAUGUCGACCGAUGCCUUUGCCGCCGUCUCCAAAUCCGCUGAUGCUAAAAUCAACAUCGAAUUUAUCCAGAUUUGACAUGAAUUAUGGCAUUGCGUGUUUGCUGUGGAGAAAGUAAUUAAUUUGGAGGCAAUUAUUUUGAGUAAUAGUACUAGUAUAUGGAUGAUAAACUUCUGGCCAAUAGAUUAUGUGUUUCCUAUCUUUAUUAGUAGUA